UCGUUUUAAACUUCAGAUUUUAACAAUGGCUUCAAAUCCGAGUAUUGCAAAUGAAGCAGAGGAAAUGAGAAGAGAAGAGGAACGAAGAAAAAGACCGGAUGUGCAAAGAUACAAACCCGGAGCAUUUAACCGGAAACCAGAACCACUCUUUCCGGAGGGAAGUUUCAAACCCGAGAUAAGAACUGUUGGAAUAGUGUCAGAAAGGAACAAAGAGAACAGGAGAGGGGGGCAAGGAGUAACAGAGCAAACUGGAAAUAAAGAUAAAGGAAGGAAACCAGAGAAAGAACAUUUUGUCUCCAAGAAGGUUCAGGAGAAGGUAGUGCACGAAAGUAAAGAUGGAGUGAAGAGUGGGAGCAGGGUUGAAGAGAAUUCUAUCAUCCAGGAUACAGGAGGAGGAACGAACACCCGGAAAAGGAAGAAUAAGAAGAAUAAAAGUAAGGACAAGGAUAAAACUAUCAUUACUGUUGCUGCUAGCGAAGAGAACGUUGUUACCAAACCUACUCCUCUACUAAACGGAGAUGAUCAUAAACCAGCACAAGUAAAGAAACCAGAGAAAAGUCAACACGACGAUAUACCGACUAGAAGUCACUAUUCAGGGGCAGCACAAAGAAAUAACGGGAGAAAAGAUCGAGAUAAAAUAACCCCUAAACCUGAUAAUCAGGACGGGAAAGAUCGAGUGAAACAGAACCCCAAAUCUGACAAUCAUGACAUGAAAGAUCGAGAUAAGAAAAACCCUAAACCUGAUAAACAGGACGGGAAAAAUCAAGAGAAACAGAACCCUAAAUCUGAAAACCAGGAUGGGAAAGAUCAUGUGUUUCGUGUCCCCGAUCCAGUAUCUAGAAACUACCAAGAGAAAAGAUCAGACCGAAGAGGACACGUCUCAGAUAGAAGAGAUUACAAACCAUCCCGAGAUGAUCGGGGACUCGAUUUGUAUGAUCAAAGACAGGGUAAACGUGAGAUGAAUCCUGAAUUAGGAGAAAGGUUGGAGAGCUGGGGAAGAGGCGGAGGUAGAAACGAGAACGGGUUCCAAAGAUCAGACAGAGGAGGAGAUUACUGUUCUCACAGAGGGUUUAGUGGAUCAGAACGGAGAUCGGAUCGAGAUCUCCGAGGAUCUGGACAUGGGAUGAGAGGAGCAGAUAGAAACCGGUUUAACCGUGACGUUCCUCAGGGACGGAGUCAAGGCAUGGAUUACAAUCUAAGAGGAGACUCUGAACCUAAAGAGAAUGGAAGAACAUCCUGGAAACAAGAUCAAUUUUCCCGAGGUGGCAGGCGGGGAGGUUCCCGAGGGAGUUCUCCUCAACGUGGAGGUAGAGGUCGCUGGUCCCGUGGUAGUUCACCUUCCCGGAGUAGCAGAGGAAACUCUCCAAUUAGAGCGAACUCCCGUCCAGAUUCAAGAAGGACUUCUCCGAGUUUUCAGCACAGCAGAACUAACUCUCCGGUCAGACAUACCAGAGUUUUCAGGAAAAAUAAUUCUCCUCCGUCCCAAAGAUCUACUGUAUCCCGGACUCCAAGUCCACGGAGCCGAAGGAACCAGGAUACUAGAGAUCUAGAUGGAUAUACCAGGGACCAGAGAAGGAGAGAUGAGGGAUUGUGGGAUCCGCAAGGUAAACCUCCUUCUGGUCGUGUCAAGUCAGCUCCUGUAAAAACCAGUCUCCCUCCGAGAUUCCAAAAGACUAAAGAGCGGAAAAUAUCCCGACGACUGGAGACUGAGACCUGUCAUAUGUCGGACUGGUCUGUAGAGAUGGAGGAGGAGGAUGAGAGGAAAUCUCAGCUGGGUUUAUCUCCUCCCUCCGGUCCAGGGAUUAUCAGAAUAUCUGAACCCCAGACCGGUUCUGCUCUUGAACUCCGGGCACAACCGAUCAGACCAGGAACCUACUCCGCUCCGUUCCAUCCGUCCUGGAACCAGACCUUGCCUGCAAAUAUGAGUGCUGAGAAAGAGAAGUUUUUGUUUGACCCAAGUAAUCCUAUGAAACCUAUAAGGAUGCAGGAUAUGUCGGCUCGAGACAGGUUGGAUAACUCGUAUCCUGACUUCUCCUGUCCUACUAAUCCUAACAUGAGAUUUCCAAUGGGAGUUUCCAGGUUUAAUCCUCCGCCGCAGAUGUAUCCUCCAAACAUGAUCCCUAUGCAUCCUGGACCUGGAGCUGGAUACCAACCACCGUUUCCUCAACCUAUAAUGCCGACGUCUGGUGUCGCGUUUCAUCCUGCGUUCCAUGGUCCUGAUUGGUUUAACGUGUUUGACUCUAAUAUCUACGGAAGCGGGAAGAUCGAUAUAAAUAUAAUUGUGAGGAUAGUGUCAGCAGAUAAGAAGCUCCGCCAUCUAGUCCAAGGAGGUCCAGCCGUCAUCUGUAAUCGUUGGGAUCAAGAGGUUCGGGAGAUCAGACAUGAAAUCAUGAAAGCAGCGCGGCUUCUUCUUCAAACUGAUCUAUACUUCGUGUGUGAGAAGGAGGUGGAUGCGUAUAUCUGGAAGAGUGUUUACUAUCAGGUUAUUGAGAUGCUCAAGUUCUCAUUCUUCGAUACGGAGAAUACUACCCCGGAGACUAAACAGGUUCUUAAAUCCCAGCUCCUGAUCAUACUGGAGGAAGGGGUAGACUACUUUACUCAGCUACUCAAGGAUAUAGGAGAUCAGUAUCAUGUAGAUCUGGAUAGAUUCUAUGAUGUUCUGGAACCUAGAGAUCUAGACAAAACCGGGAGACUUGCAUUAAUAAUCUGCCAGAAACUGCUGCUGUAUCUGGGUGACCUUGCGCGCUACAAGGAGCAGGUCAACUCGACCUCAAACUACGGAAGGGCGAGACAAUACUAUCAGAAGGCGAACCAUCUGGAUAUGCGGAACGGACGCCCUUUUAAUAUGCUCGCCAUCCUCGCUAAACUUUCAAAUAGGAAGUUUGAGGCAGUUUACUACAAUAUAAGGUGCUUGAUGUCCCGAAACCCGUUCACCCCAUCGAGCAAAGAAGGGCUCAGUGUCAUCUUCGAUGAGAUGAAGAGAAGGUGGGAGCUGGGGGAGAAGCAGAAGCUGGACAAGAAGGUCGAGGAGAGCGAUAAAACAAACGGUUCUUUGCUGAUCAAAGGGAGCCGGGUUAGAAGAGAGAUAUGGAUCCGAGGUGAAGCAGGACGGAGAUUACAUAGAACCACAUCAGCAACUGCAACCUCGGAGUCUCUAUCCUGUGAUCUUGAAAACCUCUCUAUUACUGAUUUAAACAAGAGAUUCAUAAACACCUUCCUCCAUCUCCAGGGUAUGCUUUUUACACAAAUCAACACAGAGGAUUUCUACCUUGCUUCGAAGAGUUUAAUCGAACAGUUUAGAAUACUGAUCGGGAAAACUCCGCUUCCUAUCUCCGUUGAUAGGUUGGUUCAGAUCAUGGCUCUCAAUAUGUACAGUAUUGAGAAGACGAAGAUUAGAGCAGGUUCAGAUUCUCCGUCCUACAGAUCCGUCAUGCAAACCAAGGCUUUGGAGCUGGCAGGAGAGAUGUUUUCCGUUCUACUAGAGAGAUGCAAUCUUUUGAUUGCCGGUGGAAACCCAGAGGAUAUCCUGGAUAUUCAGAGCACUCUACAACAGGAGAUAACUCCGCUCCUAGCAGCUGUCAAGGUCUGGUGUGACUGGUUGAUAGGAAACAAUGACACCUGGUAUCCUGUAGUAUCUGCCGAACCCUUCACACAACUAGCCCAGCUCGCGACCAGACUCGAAGCCAUUAAACCUACCGUAACCUCUGUUCUGGAGAAAUGUUUGUCUGAUGAGACCUGGAGAGCGCUGCCCCAGGCUCGACGUGAGGAGUUUGAUCUUAUUCGACUAGCAGAGGAUUCAAUCCUGUGUGAGUUCGAACCUUGGUUCCGUGGAUUAGACUGGAGUCUAUACCGACAGUUCAGUCCUAAAUCCGUAAACCAUCUGUGCAGACAGAAUGCUAAGCGUGUUGACCAGAUCCGUAUGUGCGCCGAGGUUCUAGAAGGAUUGGAUCCCCCUGUGCUCAAGUGGUCUGUUCCUGAUAACAGUCAUGUAUGUUUAGUAACAGACCGGGAGGAAUCUACUCAGGCCAGUGUUGCUCGAGAUAUGGCUGAAGCAAACCUUACCGCUCUCAUUGCUCGAGACGAGGAUAUACUUGAAGAAUGCUACAGUGAUAAAGAGAACGAGGAGCAGGAUGAACCAGUCAAUGAUGAGAUUGCUAAACUCAGGAUGCGAAAGGUUGAGUUGCAGAAGGUUCAGAGUGAGCAGGCAAGGAAAGCUCAGAAGGAGAUUCUGGAUCAGCAUGUAAGAACAACACUAGAGGUUCGACCAAAGAUCCUGGUUCCUGAUACCAACGCUUUUAUCGAUCAUCUUGACUUGAUUAAGCUGAUAACUGUUUCAGGAGAGUUCCAGCUUGUUAUUCCUAUUGUGGUGCUUGGAGAGUUGGAAGGUUUAUGUAAGAGCAAGGAUUACUCUGACCGACCGGAGCACGGAGCAAUGCUCCGAGAGAAUAGUAAACUUGCUCUCACCUGGAUUCGAUCUAAACCGAAAAACGUAAAAUGUGCAACUACCAAAGGGAGUAUUCUAAGCAGUCUUGGUGUAACAGUGGAGGAAGAUACACGGGAUGGAGAAACCAACGAUGACCGGAUACUCAUCUGUUGUCUCAACCUCGACUCAUCCCCCCAGCCACGGACUGAGGACGGGAUGAAAACUGUUUUCAGGAAUACUAUUCUACUUACAGAUGACAGAAACCUCAAACUGAAAGCACACAUACAAGACUGCGCUGUGAGCAAAGUUGGUGAUUUUGUCUCCUGGAUAUCUGAUAAACAAUGAGCUAAAAUCCAACUUAGAGUGAACUACGAUCCAACCUAGAGGAACCUAAAAUCCAACCUAGGGUGAACUACGAUCCAACCUAGAGGAACCUAAGAUCCAACUUAGAGUGAACUACGAUCCAACCUAGAGAAACGUAACAUCCAACCUAGGGUGAACUACGGUCCAACCUAGAGGAACCUAACAUCCAACCUAGGGUGAACUACGAUCCAACCUAGAGGAACCUAACAUCCACCAUAGGGUGAACUACGAUCCAACCUAGAGGAACCUAACAUCCAACUUAGGGUGAACUACGAUCCAACCUAGAGGAACCUAAGAUCCAACCUAGAGUGAACUACGAUCCAACCUAGAGGAACCUAAGAUCCACCCUAGGGUGAACUACGAUCCAACCUAGAGGAGCCUAACAUCCACCCUAGAGUGAACUACGGUCCAAAAAAAAUUGAGAUCGGAUCAAACCUAGACAGAUCAAAUUUCCAACCUAUAUUGAUCUACGAUCCAACCUAGACGGACCUAAGAUCUAAUCUAGAGGAACCUAAUAUCUAAUCUAGAGGAACCUAAGAUACAACCUAGAGGAACCUAAGAUUCAACCUAGAGGGACCUAAGAUUCAACCUAGACAGAUCAGAUCAACCAUUUAGCAGACCCUGCGUUUGAUUUUUAAGUUAGGAUCGGAUAAUCCUUAGAACGGAUCCGUCCUAGCCUAGCUCCUAAACUAAAGAUAUAACUUCUUGUGAGAUUAUUAACUUAAGAACUGAAGUAAACUAACCUCACAUACUUCUCUUGACAGGAUUGUGAUGCAAAAUUUUAUUUUUAUUUUUGUUAUUUGUUCUCUUCUGUUACCAGUGAAAUACAUUCAUUAAUAUCAUAA